CUCAUAAAUUUAGACGGAAAUUGGAAGAACUGGAGAAAGAGAAAAAUUCUUUAAAAUUUCAGCUUCCUUCAAGGCAUCCUUCAAUUAGCAGUUUUUUGAAUAGGUUUGUUACCCAGGUUCAAGCAGCGUUGCGCUGGGCUGCUGAUCAUCGGGUUAGACAUGAAGAAACUCAGCUUUGGCAUGAAACCGAACAUAAACUUUUGAGAUCCACUUACCAGGAGAGGAUGCAGGUUUUGACCACAAAACGAAACCAACUUUUUCAAGAAAAGAAAUGGUUACAGAAGGAAAUUGAAGACCUCCGAGCAAGACUAGCCAUAUUAGAAGCAAAAGACCAACAAUUAAGAAGAGAAAUUGAAGAACAAGAUAAUCUUAUUCAGUCACAGGACUGUGAACUGACUGCUUUACUUGGCUGCAUUUCUUUGAGAGAGCUACAGGAAAUAAGCAAGGCUGUGGAUGACACUUUAACAUCCUCCUACCAAAUUCCUUUCAGUCUGGAUCUUCCAGGGACACUAAAGAGCCUUCAGGAAAAAGAACAAUCAUUCAGCAUGUCCAUUAAAGAAACUACUGCCAAAGUUUGUACAAGUCAGAAACUCUGCAGUACUUUGAGGAGGAAAGUGAGUGAUAUUGAGACUCAGCUACCAGCUCUACUUGAAGCCAAAAUGCUGGCUGUUUCAGGAAAUAAUUUCGGUACUGCGAAGGAUCUGACAGAAGAAAUAAGAUCAUUAACAUCUGAGAAGAAGGGGCUGGAAGAACUUCUCAAAGAACUGUUAGUUCUGAGUGCCAGAGAUGUCCGAAAAUUGGAAAGAGUUAAAGACGAUUAUACCAGAGUGAAACAAGAACUUGAACAAGGAGAGGCUGCCUUUGGUAAGUAG